AUGCUCAGCUUCUCUGAGCCCAUUGGCUCUAUUAAUACCUGUCGGAAGAAACGCAAACAUGAUGAAGAUUCUACUACCCUGGAUAGACCCUCCUCAUUUGUACCGCUUAGAGUAGAUUGCCAUGAUCGUGAUGGGAACUACUCAUUGCCUCUGCCUCGGCUAGAGACCGAUGAACGUCUAUCCUUCCGCCCUCGCUGUCUUCCCCGCAAGCGCCGACUCGUCCAAACACCAUAUCUCUCCCUCCCAACCCAUCAGCAAUCAUCACUCCUCUCACCCAAUAUAUAUGCCACACCGCAAGACCCUUAUUCUCCACCAGUCUCUCCAAAGACUCUUGUCCCACUCGCUUAUCCAUCAACUACACCAUCGGCUCUCCGGCCCUGUCACAUCUGCCACCGACGGCCGACGACCAGACAAGUAUUAGAUGCAUAUGCAGAUUGUGAUCUUUGCGGGGGGAGAGCCUGCUUCAUCUGCCUGCGUCAAUGUGAUUCCCUCACGUGCUCAAGCAUCAAGUCACAAGGGGAUCCUGAUAUAUACAGCCCCGGGCGUUUUGAAAAAGACACUUCUCAACGAAAAAUAUGCUCGAGCUGUGCUGUGGAAGGCAUAACGGAGACUGGUACAGAGACUGUUCGAUGCCUUGACUGCGUGCGUGGAAACUGCACAGUAUGGCCUCCCGAGUCUAUCACCUCUCGGUGGUCAUUAAACCACACGGAUCACGACCAGAUGUGCGGUUAA